UAAAAUGUACAAUGUAAACAAAAACCUUUGAAUAACGUCCUGUGCUAACGUGAAAAUGGUCCAUUAUCUCAAUUUAUUUUUUAUUCUGACAUUUGCAUUUAACAUCCAUUUACAGGUGUUUGCAAGUGAGAAACAUCUCGAUGAAAUUCAACCUUGCGUAGACUUGUUUAGUGAUGAGAAUGAAGACGAGUGUUGUGAAUCGUUCGAAAUAUUCAAGUCAGUUGAUGACGCUUUAGAAGACUGCGUCAAAAAGGAUUCUAUUGACCUUACUUGUGACGAUUACAAUUGCGUGUUAAACAAAAUUGGUAUAAUGAAAGAUGGCAAAAUAAACGAAGAUGCCGGCAAAAACUAUUUGAAAAGUUUAGCCGAUGAAUAUCCAGAGCAACAAAGGCUCAUAGACAAAAUGGGUGCGUUAUGUGUGAAUGGAAAAUAUAAUGACUACGAUAGCAACGUAGAUAAUUGCCCGGCGAGUAACUUCUACAUUUGCAUCUAUACAAACGCUGUUUUAGGAUGUGAAAAAUGGAAACAAACUGCUGAAUGUAAAAAAAUGUCUGAAAGCGCCGAAGCAUGCCGAUCCAUCCUGCAUAACUCCAAAAUAUAAACCGACCUAUACUUCGUCCGUACUGCACCAUUUAUGUAGAAUAAAACAAAGAUAUAUUAAAAGAAAUAACUUUUUAAUUG